AUGAGGGAUCCCACCGCAAACAUGGAAGAAACCUCCCAGCAGCCGGUGACCAACGGGUCGACCGAACCCCGCCGCCUCAAUAAAUCGGUCCGGGUCGCGUUUGAACCUGAGCUGGAAACAACCAUCCCCGCACGCGAACGAUCUCCAGCCCCAUUUAGCAGCCAUCAUCGUUCAUUCACUACGAUCGAGCAAAAGUCGUCAUCGCUGACACCGCCAGCUCGUCCUACGAGCUCCAGUGGGGAGAAUGCCGUGCUAGCGCUGGACGAGGCGCCUCGACGACCGUCCCCUCGGAGGUCGGAGAGCAGUCGACCAGCGAUGCUGAAGCGAGCAAGAAGUGAUUAUGGGCCUAGUCGCGUCACUUUCGACAACAUACCGGGUGAGGAUGAAGAAGAUUUUGCUAUGCGGCACGGAUGGCAGGAGGAAUACACCUCCAGCGAAUAUCUCAAGAUUCUGCACUCGAACUUCUACAUGUAUUUCACAGAGAAACGCCACGAGACGAACGGAAUUCCCCGCGAUCCCGCCGGAAGCUGGCCGAGCCAGGACUGGCGCAUGAAGGACAGGCUAAAAACCGUAUCUGCAGCCCUCGCAAUAUGUCUGAACAUCGGCGUUGAUCCCCCCGAUGUGGUUAAGACAAACCCAACCGCCAAGCUCGAAUGUUGGGUGGAUCCCACCUCGACCACCGGCGGGGGUCAGAACAAGAUCAUGGAGCAGAUCGGCAAGAAAUUGCAAGAACAGUAUGAGACGCUGAGUCUUCGCACCCGAUACAAGCAAUACCUAGAUCCAUCGGUCGAUGAGACCAAAAAAUUCUGCAUCUCUUUACGUCGGAAUGCCAAGGACGAGCGAGUGCUUCUACAUUACAAUGGCCACGGAGUGCCGUUGCCCACACAGUCGGGUGAAAUCUGGGUGUUCAACAAGAACUACACCCAGUAUAUCCCUGUACCUCUUUACGACCUGCAAUCUUGGCUAGCUGGCCCCAGUCUGUUCGUUUUCGACGUAUCACAUGCGGGGAACAUUGUUCAAAACUUCCAUACGUUUGUGGAGAAGCACGAGAAGGAGAAUGCGGAGGCGAAGAAACGCGACCCCAACGCCAUUGUGCAGAACUAUGGCGAUUGCAUCCUUCUUGCGGCAUGUCAAAAGACCGAGUCUCUCCCAACAAAUCCCGAUCUACCUGCCGAUCUCUUCACAUGUUGCCUGACUACUCCGAUUGAAAUUGCUCUGCGGUUUUUCAUUCUGCAGAACCCCUUGCGAACUGAUAUCUCUAUCGAUGAUUUCCGAGUCCCUGGGCGUCUUCAAGAUCGUCGCAGUCCGCUCGGAGAGCUUAAUUGGAUCUUCACAGCGAUUACUGAUACGAUCGCAUGGAACACUUUGCCUCGCACUCUGUUCAAGAAGCUUUUCCGACAAGAUCUGAUGGUCGCUGCUCUGUUUCGCAAUUUCUUGCUUAGCGAGCGCAUCAUGCGCACCUACAAAUGUCAUCCCAUCUCCUCGCCCGAACUCCCCGAGACGCAUCAUCACCCCCUCUGGAAGAGUUGGGAUCUUGCGGUGGAGAUGGUGCUGUCACAAUUGCCUGCCCUGAUCGAUCAAGAGGAAGGCCGCCGACAGUACGAAUAUCAGCAUUCCACGUUCUUCGCCGAGCAGCUCACUGCAUUUGAGGUUUAUCUCUCGUCUGGUCCCACCGAGAAGAACCCGCCGGACCAGCUACCUAUUGUCUUGCAGGUGCUUCUCAGCCAGGCACAUCGACUGCGUGCGUUGAUCUUGCUCAGCAAAUUUUUGGAUUUGGGUCCAUGGGCCGUCCACCUGGCACUGAGCAUUGGUAUCUUCCCAUACGUUGUCAAGCUGCUGCAGUCAGCUGCCCAAGAAUUGAAGCCUGUCAUGGUUUUCAUCUGGGCUCGGAUCAUGGCUGUGGAUCACACGGUUCAGAACGAUCUGCUCAAAGACAAUGGUAUCCACUACUUUAUCUCGAUUCUCAACCCAUCUUCUCCCAUCCCUGUGGGAAAUGCCAGCGAGCACCGCGCCAUGUGCGCCUUCAUUGUCUCCAUAUUUUGCAAGAGCUAUCCUCAAGGCCAGAACGUGUGUCUUUCUGGUGAAUUAUUUGACUCGUGCUUGAGACAUCUGGGUGACGUUGAAAAUCCCUUGCUGCGACAGUGGUCAUGCCUUUGCCUCAGCAUGCUCUGGUGUGACUUCCCGGAAGCUAAGUGGAUGGGCAUUCGAUGCGCAGCCCCCGCGCGACUUUGUGAAUUGAACUUCGACCCUGUUCCAGAAGUUCGCGCUGCUAUGCUGCAUGCAGUCACUACAUUCAUUGGUAUCCCUGACCUGACUGACCAGGUGGCCCAGAUCGAGGAGUCUUUGGCUCUGGCGGUCUUGCCUAUGGCAGCGGAUGGUAGCGUGCUUGUCCGAAAGGAGCUCAUUAUCUUCUUCUCGACUUUUGUCAAGCGUCAUCAGAACAAGUUUGUGGUGGCUGCAUAUGAAGAACUGCAGGAUGAGAAACGAUCCCUCAUCCACCGUCUGCAGAGCGCCACGUCUCAGACUGGCCGGCUCGAGACCAAAAAGGGUGACCUGGUCUCCGAUACAAAGCAGACGCAGUUGUCUCGGAACACAACAUUCGGAACUAUUUGGAAACAGGUUUUGACCCUCUCUGUUGACCCGCACCCUGACAUUGCCCAGGACGCCGGCAUAAUCGUUGAUUACAUCCACCUAGCUCUUCUGGAGUCACCACUGUCGACUCUUGCUGACAAAAUCAGAAUUGAGAUCCUGGAUCUCACAAGCCAUAUGUCACAACGGUACCAGGUUCAAGAACAAUCAGAGACGAAGAAAUUAGCACCGCCCUCAACACCCCCAUCAUCUACCACAGUGCCUGCCAAGCAAGAAGGCUAUCUUUCAUUAGGGUUCAGGCGCACCGCCAGUGUUGCCGCCUCCCUGAAGAACCUCGCUUUCGGUGGCUCUAUGACCGAUUUAUCCUCAGAAACCUCUACUCCUCCCUCGCCCUCCUCCAAGAGUCGCAUGCCUAUGACUCCACGCGGCCGCGCUCCUCCUGAGUGGACUCGUCCCCCAGAGGUGAACGACAUGGUAGCCCCGGCAACUGCUUACAACCAAGCUCCUACUCCGACGUCUCGAGGCUUUGCUCCUAGGAACCCAGAGGUGGCACCGAUGAUCCCAUUGAAAAGCAGAUUCCUAGACUGGUCAACAGAGGUAAUCCCAAUCUUCAUUUACAAACCCGUCGAGUCCGCCGUGGACGCCCAGGAUAAUGAUGACCCUUUACUUACCAUCGAAAAGUAUUUCCGGGAGCCCCAGAUGAAACCCAACGAACCCGACGAGCCUGGCAGUUCGGAUUACAACGCGCGACUCUGGCGACGCAGCCGCAAUGAGAAGAUCAUUGCGGAGACACAGCCUCUGAAGGGUAAGGCCGGCACAAGCCGGUGGGAUAACUCGAUCACUCUGCUGUCAAAUAGCAGCCAACCGCUGAAGAUGUGCUUCCAUCAAUUCGAGGAUCACCUUGCCGUGGCGGAUGAUCGGGAUACCAUUGCGAUCUGGGAUUGGCAGAAUCAUAAGCGGCUGAACCAGUUCUCCAAUGGCAACCCUGUGGGAUCGAAGAUCAACGAAGUUCGCUACAUCAAUGAGGAUGAUCAGGCCCUCCUGUUGACUGGAUCUUCUGAUGGUGUGCUAAAGCUUUUCCGCCACUACGAGUCGGCGAAGAGCAUUGAGAUCGUGACCGCUUUCCGGGCCUUGCCCGAACUGAUUCCCAGCAACCGGAAUGCAGGCCUUGUGCUUGACUGGCAACAGGGACAAGGGAAAGCUCUGGUUGCAGGAGACGUAAAGGUGAUUCGAGUGUGGAACGCAGCUACUGAAGUCUGCACUAAUGACAUCCCCGCCCGCUCCGGCUCUUGUAUCACUUCCUUGACGUCUGACCAAGUUGCUGGCAACAUUUUUGUCGCUGGCUUCGGUGACGGCGCCGUCCGCGUUUUCGACCAGCGCCUCAAGCCAACCACCUCCAUGGUGAAGGUCUGGCGCGAACACAAGCAGUGGAUCACCAACGUCCACAUGCAGCGUGGCGGUUUGCGAGAGCUCAUCUCAGGUAGCCGCAAUGGCGAGAUCCGCCUGUGGGAUCUCCGCAUGGACAGCGCGCUUUCUACCAUCUAUGCAACCAAAAACACCCUCCGCACCUUGAGCGUCCACGAACACGCCCCAGUCUUCAGCAUGGGCACAAACCGCCACGAGGUCAAGACCUUCAACGUCGACGGUACCUAUCUCUCCACCUUUGAGCCGUACUCGAGCUUCCUCCACCACAACCGCUCCUCCCCCAUCGCCAGCACGGCCUUCCACCCGCACCGCACCAUGCUCGCAUGCGCGGCGCUGAAUGACCAUCACAUCAACCUCGUGUCUUGCUAG